GAGUUUCCUUUCUCCAUCCAUCCUGAGUGUGAACCAAACAUUAGACGCCGCUGCUUGGCAACCAAAUCUUAUUCUGAUGUAAUUAAUUGCUUAACAUUAUUAGAAUUUCGUUUUUAUCGUAAAUUUAGUUUAAAAUUUGAAAUAAAGGCUUAAUUAUACGUAAGGUAAGCUCAUGAAAGGAGUGAUUAGAGAUGUGUAAUGGGUAAACAGUGAAGCCAAGGUCAGUUGUUCCGGACACAGUGUUGACUCAGCUGGGCCGCCACCAUGACCUCCCUCCCUGCACGACUCUUUAAAUUUACUCCAAGAAUCACUUCAGUAAUCCCAAGGUAUAAAUCUACAGCGUCUGGAUAUGCCAAGGAGGAAUACUCAGCAGAUAAACAAACCCAUUUUGGUUUUGAGAAUGUGUCACAAGACCAAAAGGCUGAGAAAGUUCACGGAGUGUUUGAGAAUGUGGCCAGUAGUUAUGACCUGAUGAAUGACCUCAUGUCUGGCGGAGUUCACCGGGUGUGGAAGGACUACUUCAUGUCUCGGGUACAGCCCAGACCCAACACCAAGCUGCUGGAUGUUGCAGGAGGGACCGGUGACAUUGCUUUCCGCUUUAUCCAACACGUACUUCAUAGUCACAGGGGAGGGAAGACCUUGAGAAACUCUUGGGAAGAACCAGAUGAUGCCACCUCACCUUCAGGGUCACAGAAAGCUGAUGAUAGCCUGCCACCAUAUGAGAUUACAGUGUGUGAUAUAAGUCAGAAUAUGUUGGAUGUUGGCCAGACACGAGCCAAGGAGCUGGGUUAUAAGGGGAUCACUUGGGUGUGUGGAGAUGCCCUGAAGCUUCCAUUUCCCAAUGACGAGUUUGAUUGUUACACCAUCGCUUUUGGCAUCAGGAAUGUGGUGGAUGUUGAGAAGGCCUUAAUAGAAGCAUAUAGGGUACUCAAACCCGGAGGAAGGUUCAUGUGUCUUGAGUUCAGCCACGUCAAGAACCCAGCAGUGAGAUGGAUUUAUGAUCAGUAUUCCUUCAACAUGAUCCCAGCCAUGGGACAGGUGGUGGCGGGUGACUGGAAGAGUUACCAGUACUUGGUGGAGAGUAUUCGCAAGUUUCCCGAUCAGGAGAGCUUUAAAGAGAUGAUUGAGGAUGUGGGCUUCAGAAACACCAGCUACCUGAACCUAACAUUUGGAGUGAGUGCCAUCCACAGUGGUUUUAAGAUAUAAUAAUGCCUUCAUACCUUUGUACAUUUUGGUGAUGUCAUUUUGAGAAAAGUGUAAUGAAGAAGACUUGUGAAUAUAUUUCUUUCAUUCUUUGUAAUAUGUUUUGUAGAAAGUGGUUUAACGACUUGUACAGUACAUAGAAGAUAUUGACUUUAAUAAAUGUUUAUUUAUAGUACUGACUGUUUCUAGAAUACAAAUAAGACAGGUUUUCAUUGACCAAAAUGUUUUUGGGAAAUUAAUUCAAAGUCAUACUGUUUUAAUUUUAAACAAAUACUGUAUACUGAAGCACUUUUGAUAUGAUCACUGUAUUUUGCCAUUGUAAAUAAAUUCAAUAUCAUAACUAUAUGUAAUAUGUAUAACAGGUAUUAGGUAGAUGAAACAGGUGUUGGUGUAGAUGAUUAAACUGACAUGUUUCUUGUCAUGCUUCAGAGUGACUUGGUAUAUGUGUUGAUGCUCUCUGACAUUCAUAAAUAUACUUAUCUUUUAUGCCUUACCAAAGAACUUAAAAAUUUGGAUGAUAAUCUGAAAACGGAUAAAAAACGAUUAUAUUUACCAAAAAGGCAGAGCUUGCAACUUAUUGCUGCACUGAACCAUCUGUUUGAAAUAUUUAUAUUAUUGCACUCAGGAAUAUAAGUAUAUGUAAUUUAUUUUAUGUCACACUGUAGUUAACUUCUAAAUAUAUGAAUGAUGGUGUUGAUAUGAACUAACAUAAAGAGAGUAUAUUCACAUAUCACAUGUUAAUGACUAUAAUACAAACAGUGUGUGUUCAGGUAGUGUUCAGUGCUAAGUAAAGAGGAGUCAAGACCUCACUAAUUCCUGAUGGUCAACUUCAAUACGUAUUCAAAUAUCAUUUGAGGUUUAUAUAUACAGUCAACCCUCGCUUUACGCGGUCCCACAUUCCGCGUUUCCACGUUUACGCGGUACCCUGCCGAAACCGGAAUGCUCACAUUCCGAGGUGCGUGUACCCCUUUACGCGGAGAGUGGCUGGCGAGCCACGCCAUUUUUGGUUCCAAACCUCCUGCCAUCUCUCCCGCCCUCUCCCGCCAUCCGCCAUGUUGUGUAAGCGGCGCGAGCAGGGUGUGCACAAGGUCGCCCAGUCAUCAAAACAUUACCGAGUUCUUCACC